ACGAACUUGCGACGAACUGAAGGGAAAUGUGAGGCGUCUCCACGAUAUUCGGGCUCCGAUAAGACUUGCAAGUCUCGGCCAGACAGGGCGAGACGAGGUGGCCCAGGGUGGCCCACAUGGUCGUAUUCCCAUCAUAUUGAUGCACCAGCAUUUGAGGCGUCGUGUACGGCCACGGCAGCGACAACCUGGCCUGCGACAAAAGGGCCACUGGUACAACUCGUUGUCUAUUCCAGCGUCGAUGUGUUGUGGCAGAGUACCGCGGAGCUUGACGGAGUGCGAAUGAGUGGCACGGUGGUCGCGUCAGGGCGUCUGGUAAUUUGUUGUCCUUCGACUCUGCUGCCUCCGUGGCCCACACGCACCUUCUCCCCCGCAUCAUCUCCCAUUUUCACGUAGCACCAUCAUGAACACCAACGGCACUUCCACCGUCAAUCCUUCCGAAGUCGGCUGGCAAUUCGUCCCGCAAUACUACACGUUUGUUAACAAACAGCCCAAUCGUUUGCACUGCUUCUACACUAAAGCCUCUACAUUUGUCCAUGGCUUGGAGGGCGAGGAUAUCAAGCCGUGCUUUGGCCAGCAGGAAAUUCACAAUAAAAUCACUUCCAUCGGUUUCCAAGAUUGCAAAGUCUUCAUACACUCGGUCGACGCUCAGUCCUCUGCAAACGGCGGCAUCAUCAUCCAGGUCAUCGGUGAGAUGUCAAAUCAGGGCGAGCCCUGGCGCAAGUUUGUCCAGACGUUCUUCCUCGCCGAGCAGCCCAACGGCUACUUUGUGCUCAACGACAUCUUCCGUUUCCUCAAGGAGGAGGCCGUUGAGGACGACCAGGCGACACCUUCUUCGCCGUCGCCCGUGCCACCCGCUCCCAUUGAGUUCCUUCCGGAGCCCGUCGCGUCACCUACGCCCCCGCCUGCUCCUGCGCCGGAGGAGCCCCCGGCGCCUCCUACUCCCGAACCUGCACCUACACCUGAGCCUGUGCAGCAGCAGCCCAACGGUGUGCACCCGGAGCACGAACAGGAAGCUAUUCUAACUCCCCCCAGGUCGCCAUCGCCCGCCCCGGAGCCACCAGCAACAGCGUCGCCCCCGCCCGUGUCGCCCCCACCGAAGGAGCAGCCGCUCCCCGCACCAGUUGUCCCCGCACCGCAGCCGCCGCCACCACAGGCCGCUCCACCACCAGUGGCUCAGCCUGCUCCUGCUCCUGCUCCUGCCGCUCCCCAGCCUCAGCAGCCACCUCAGCGGAAGACCUGGGCAAACCUGGCGGCGAAGGACUCGAACAAGUGGGGCGCGGCGGUGGCAAAUGACGCGCGUGGUGUGAGCGAGGCUCCUGUGAUGACGGGCACGCCAGUCCCGGUCAACGGACCUCAGUCGCCCGCGCCGCAUGUGACGACGCGGCCAACGGUGCAACACGCGCAUCCGAGCCUGGUCGCUGCUCAGACAGUCGCGACGCCCCAGUGCUUCGUCAAGAGCGUGACGGAGAACAUCUCGGACGCGGCGCUGAAGAAGACGCUCACCGAGCGGUUCGGGCCGAUCAAGGAGUGCGAGGUCCUGCGCAACAAGGCGUGCGCGUUCCUCGAGUUCACGCAGCUCGACGCGGCACGGCGCGCGAUCGUCGCGUCGCUCCCGAUUCCGCAGGGCGGCGAGGGCGGCAUCCGCAUCGAGGGCGCGGAGGGCAACGCGAGGAUCUUCGUGGAGACUCGCAAGGAGCGCAGUGAGCGCCCGCCGCCGCGCGGCGGGCCGAUGGGUGGCGACCGGGGACGGGGUGGUGGCUUCCGCGGGCGCGGAGGCCCUGGCGGGCGUGGACGGGGUGCACCGCCGCCGCAAAAGUAA